UCGCGGGUUAAUAGUCAAUCAAGUGACUAUGUAUAUACCGUAGAUUUCUAAUAUUUGAAUGGUCCACAAAGUGAUAUUUGCAAAUCUGCUUCAUUGAAAGCGAACGAAAUUAAACCAUCGUCCUCGUCCUCCUUCUCUCUCGUGCUCGCCGUUUGAAUGGCGCUCAGUGAAAAUCCAUGAUGAUUCUUCCUAAUGGAAGAGUCUCGCGUGCACAUGCAGGUAUGACAGGUGUCUCUCUCUCGUUCGAGACUCUAUUCGCGAGAGCGCGCGCGAUCGAUCGGAUCGACGAUCGAUCUUCGUGACUAAGAAUUUCUAUGCGGCGGGGGAAAAAACUCACCGCACGUAGCAAACAGUUAUAAAAAUCAAUCGCGAAUAUACACAUACAUAUUGUACGUACACGAGCAUAUCGAGAGACUUCUCCCACUUUGAUCGCUCGCUCGCUCCCUUGGCCGGACAGCUUUCAUUUGAGUUUCUACCCGUGCACGUUAGACUUUCGACGAGGGUCUACGACUUCUCAAUAGACGUCCCGACGUACUUGGAAACGACAAUUCGUUCCACAGUGACCACGGGUUGGCUCGAACAUGGGACUAUUCAAGGUCAAGCUUGAUGCUUCUCGAUAGAUCAUCCGGCUAGCUCACAUAUCUGUUCUUACAAUCACGAAACGAGACGCAUGACAGACGACAUCAGGCGAGCGUUAUUAGGUGAGAGCUCAGUAGCUUCUGGCGACACAAUCGAGAGAUGUCGGAUGCCGCCGGCACGGACAAUCCGGCAUUCGCCAGCGAGGACGAAUGCGGUUCCAAGACGGAGAACGGCGGGCAGCAGCAAGUGACCUUGGAUCAGGAUCGCAAGUCCUCCUCGGCGGAUUGCGCGCCGGUAGAAAAUGGCCAGCGAUCCUUCAUCUCUCAGCACUAUGUUGAGCCCGUCAAAACGAGCUCGGAGCCGUGUUAUAAAACGGAGACGAAGAUCGAGUUGCCGGCCGAGAACACGGAGAAAAGCGUACCGGAGCCAAAGCUCAAUGGCGUCCACGGAAAUGGGAAUAACAACGACGCCAGUUUCCUCAACAACAGCACUACGAGCAUGCAGGUCAACGAAUCUGGAAAGAAGGAACAGAUCGAGGCCGUAAACUUGGAACUGGUCUCGAUGAGGCCAUACACGGGUAACAAUAUCCAAACGAAAGGUCAGGAAGCCUGCGAGGUACCAGCUGAUCCUUAUGAGGAGUACUUUGUGCCGGUUAACGAGCAUCGAAAGUACAUCAGAGGCGAAAAGCUUUACGUCACGAAGGACAAAAGGUCCAGAAACUCGUACUGGAAACAAUUACUCUGCGGAUUCACAAUAUUGGUCGUGGUGAUCGCCAUGAUUAUCAUUGUUUUGGCCGCAACUGGUGUGAUCUUUGCACAAGAGCCCACGGAACCCUUGGAAAAUGUGAAAGAUCCGCCGUCAAGUCCAGCAUUUUUAACCUCGACUUUCCCACCGUGGCCUACGACUGACGAAACGCUGUAUCAAAUUAUACCGGAUGCUCUAGAUGGAACCCUGCGACUGGACGAUUUCAAUUGGAGCAACGAUUUUAGCGAUACCAAGUCACGAGUGUAUCGUGAAAUAACCGCUGAGAUAGGAGAGCAUCUAGGAAACAUUCUUCAACGGGAAAACAACAAGCCCAUAAUUAAAGUGUAUAAUAUUAAUAAUGAAGGUGAAAUAAAAUUCAGAAUAAGUCAUCCACCUAUGGAUACUCCUGAGGAGAAUCAAGAAUAUAUCAAAGAGGCAUUACGAAAAAACAAUAAUAUGAUUGGACGAUAUCAUUUGAGCAGACUUCAAGUAGAAAAUCUUAUUGAUCAGUGUGAACACGGCAAUCUCCAGUGCGCCAAAAGUUGUAAAUACGAUUAUUCCAUGGGUAUAUUUAUGUGUACCUGCAGUCCAGAAAAGAUACUAGAUCAGGAUGGUAAAACUUGUGUGGAUAACGACUUGAGUAACGUCGAAAUGGACGAUGUAAUGCCACAAUCCAGCACGGAGGCAAUUCAUGAUUUUGUUCAAGGUAGAAGCAGAGAUCCAAACACGGCACAGUUCGAAAUCAGACAUUCCAAUAUGUGGGAAAAUCCGGAUCCCAAAACAGGAUCAAUAGAAACGGAAACAUCUACAUCAGAACCUAAAAUGGAAGCCGAUCAUCCACAACUUGAGCAAAAAUCGGAAAUAAUACAUCCAUUCGAAUCUACACCGACAACAAAACGCAUUUUCGAGAAUCACGAACAUUCGUAUCAUUCGAUGGAAACCAUUUUUGGAGAGCCUGCUGUUGAGCCAGAAUCUACAGCUGAACCAGAACCUACAGCUGAACCAGAGCCUAUAGCUGAACCAGAGCCUACAGCUGAACCAGAGCCUACAGCUAAACCAGAGCCUACAGCUGAACCCACUGCCGAGCCAGAGCCUGCUGCUGAAACAGAACCUACUGUUAAAUUAAUUGUUCCACCAGAAUCCACUCAAUCAGAAUUGAACGUUGAAUCAGAGCCUACACAAGAACCUGUAUCAGAAUUUUCUGCAAAACCAGAAAUUGUUUCUAAAAUCGAAUCUAUUACUGAAGCAGAAUCUAUCACUGAAAAAGAAACUGUUACGGAACCAAUAUCUGUCACAGAAUCAGCAACAACUAUCGAUAAAGCAGACGAUGACGUAAUAUCGAAAACAGAAUCACAUUAUCUGAUAUCAACAGAAUCACAUUUGGAGUCAAAUAUUGAAAUAUCUAAUCAGCCGGAAUCUAUUAUUAAAUCAAUGUCUCAUGAUGAUGCCGAAUCUACACAAAUAUCACUUUUAGAGGAUGCGAAUACAACUAAUGUACCUAAAUCUCUUGCAGAUUUAUUACAUGAAAAUAACAAUUCCGAAAUUGAUAAAGCUUUAAUUACAACUAUGAAGACUAAUGAAAAUCCGAUAGAUGAUAAUAUAUCCUUGCAAGUAAUACCUUUAAUAUCCAAAAAUAAAUCUAUAGAUACAAACGGUGAUGUGGAAAUUAAAAUGGAAUCAACAACAAUGCAAUCUUACAACAAUGAAGACGAUAAAAUUAAUGAAAGUACAACUAUUGAAGCAAGUUUUACUACUUUAAAUUAUGAAAAUUUAGAACAGAAUAAUGAUGAAAAUAUUAUAUCAAAUAAGUCUCGGAAUCAUGAUAAUUCAAAUACAGAACAAUUUACGCAAAGUUCUGACCUUCAGGAAGAAAAAGAAAAUGGCUCUACUACAGAAAUAAAUUUGAGCGAUGACUUUACGAUUAGUAAAGAACUCGAUUCAACUACUGUGGCAACUACUGUGUCAACUAUGUCAGUGGAAAACAGAACAGAAUUAAUAAUGAAAACCACGCUUAAUGAUAAAUAUUUUCAUACAAUAGAAAUAAAUGGCAUAAGUAAUAAAAAUCAAGAAACAUAUAAUAAUUCUAAAGUAUAUGAGACGACCAUGAUACCGGAAACUACUUAUACUGACAUGUCCACUCAACCGAUAUCUGAUUAUCAAAAAGAACACGUAUUCGAACACGCGUUACAAUCUAAUACGCAAGAUUCGAAUGAGAAAAAUGUCAUCGAACAUAUGCCGACAACAGUCUUUCCUAAAGUACCGAAAAAUUUUGCCCACAACGUCGAGCCACUGAAAGAACUUAUCACGAAACCGCCAGACGACGAGCACAUCAUGCUGAUACCGAAAUCCGAGGAACCUGUAGAGAUACACGCGAUAAUUCCACAACUCAUUCCGGAACAAAGUCAAUCCACACAAAAUGAAUCUCUGAAAGCAGAAAACUCGACAGAAAUAAAUAACGGAGUCGCGAUUAACGAAGACGAUUUGAAUACAAAAAAAUCUGUAGAAGAUGUAUUCUCGAUCGACUCAUCUACAAUGCGUAAUGACAAAAAUAUCGUUCAUACGGGUAAUAAUGGAUAUACGAUUUAUUCUGACGAGGUUCAACAUUCAACGAACCAUCCUCUUCACCCGGCGAUACUACCAGAAAAUUCGAUAAAUCAUUUCGCGGGAAAAUCUGACGCAAAUGAUGAUCGACACGUGGAGGAUAUGUCACCCUUCUUGCCGGAUAUCCAUAAGGAGAAAGAAAACGCGAGAAAAGCACCGCGGUUGGAUAAAGAUGAACAGGACGUUCCUAAUCCUUUCGAAACUCAUAUCGAUGACGUUAUAACACAUCGGCCAUUAAUACAAAUUAAUGCGGAUGACGUAAAACAUAAAUUGAAUGAAACUGAAACUAAAGAUUUAUUAAACGACGUUAAUUUAUAUUUGGUAAACAAUGAAAGAAAAACAGAUAUCACAGAGGAAACUACAAAAAUCAUUGAAACAAACGCAGCAAAUGACAUUAAAAACAUUAUAAAGAAUGAUUUAAAUACGAGCGAGAUUGUGAACGAUACAGAAUCUAAAAUUCAUAACAUAUUGCAUCAAGAUAAUAAUUUUGCGAAAUCAAAUAACAUAACGGAAGAUGCUGUAAAUCAGAAAAAUAGCAAUUCCUCCGUUAUAGAAGAGGAUGAUGAUAAAGCAUUGAAAGCGAUAGCAUCGGUUAUAGAAGAUGAAACAAUAGAUUCAUUUUUCCAAACUGCAAUGCAAUCCACAGAUAAUAAAACAGAAUCUAUUAAAGAUGCUACUAUUACUGCCGAAAAGAAAGUAGAAGAUCUUGGAGAUUCCGUGAUAGAAAGUGGUACGACCAGUUUAGAAAAACCAGAAGAGAAUGCUGUAGAAGAUCAAUACAAUGACAUUACGGAUGAAAGUUUGUCAAAGAGGUAUCGACACGAUAAUACUCGUAAAGACAUUCCGAUUAAAGUUGUGGAGGGAUCCAAGAAAGUGAUUUUGAAUAAUAUUGAUCCUAUAAUUUCUUACAAUCGCGUGCCUUCAUCAACAACCACAUCCGACAUUGUAAAGGAAAAAAAUGAAACAAACAUGAGCGCGACACAAAGUUUAUUAAAUACAACAGUUAAAGGCGUUUUGGAAAAACAGAUGGAAGAUGCCAAAUUGACUACUCAAGAACCUGUGUUACCUAUGGAAAUCCAACAGGAAAUGUCGACAACAAUAACGACCGAUAAAAUUGAGAUUACCACUGUGAUCGAUAACGAUAAACGAGAGGAAAAUAAUAGAGAACAACUGAACAUUGUUCGCCAAUCCGAUGAAAAAGAAGCUGAUAAAAUAGCGCAAAUUACAACGACGCAAUCUACGCUAGAAACGAAGACCACAGCUCAAGUACCUAUCUUGCCCGAAGAACUGCAAACGACAGAGAAUGACAUAUUAAUGACAACGUCAAUGGUACCGAAUGAAGAGAAGGAAAUGAAUCAAGAAACUAUCGACAAAACAAAGCCACGAAUUUCCACGGAGAAUAUCAUGGAUGAAACAAAAAGAAAUAUAACUGACGAGAAAGAAAACGUUAACAGCGUCGAAAUAAACAGUACAUCGUCCGAAAGAAGCAUGAUAGCGACGACGAUGUACGAGAAUAAUGUGAGUGUAGAAUCCGGCCGGGAAAUUGGACUUGAUAAAAAUAUUAAUGAUUCGGAUAGAACUAUGGAGAACUCGACGGAAAGCGCGAAGAUUGAGACUACUCUUAUGAUGUCUGCGACAGAAAAGAAUGUCUUAAAUGGCAUAGAAGGAACUUCGUCUAACGAUGUCACUACUACAGAAGAUGUCAGACCGGUCACGGAAAUGUUGGAUGACACGCAGCCUGAAACAGAAUCGUACAGAAUAUUCAUCACAACACCGAGACCGAUAUCGAUCGAGCCGGAACUUUCCGAAGAGGCACUCCGAGUGAUACCGUUGGAGAAAAGUCAAGAAAGCAAGAAAAAAAUAGCCGACAAAAAGGGGUUCGACAAAUACAAGUAUAAAAAAGAGAAAGACCUGAGCUUGGAAGAACACAAUGAAAAUAAUGCGUCAUCAAAUAAUCCGUUUUCUCAAACGGAACCAUCGAGAAUAAUAACCAAAAAUUACGAGGAACCGAACGAUAGUAUAGUGAGCUCUGACUUAGAUCCAAGCAUAUCUCGAUUUAAUUUAUUUGAUAGAGAAGGUAACGUUUUGCCGAUAUUAUCGAAGAAUACGGGAAACAUCGACGAAAGCAGCAGUAUCGAAAAUAAGGGAGUAAUAACGGAAACAAAACCUAAGAAUUAUCCCAGCUUUAUACCCGUGUCGGAAGAGAUAAUAGAGCCGGUACCAGUCACAGAACCGUACAUAGUCAAAACGCGAAAUUAUACUCGUCCUUCGAUCGUAUCGAGCACUUUCGAAACAGAAGAGAGUACGGCUGUGAACGAGACGGCAAUCGAAGGUCGUACAAACGACCCAGAAACGGAUCUCUCUCACACCCACGUGAGAGCGAACGAAACGACUAGACAACCUGUCACUUUCCUCUCGGAUCAAUCGUUCGGCGACGCCGAGGAAAUAGAUCAUGUUACGAAACAGCUGUCCACGAUCCGGUUGACCGUUGGUCCAACCACGCCAAUGGACAUGGAUGUCGAGAGCGCUACUACCGUUGCCACCACCAGCUUCUCGGGAUUUGCAUCUAAUGCAAUCCUCUCGAAAUGCAUCACCGACCAAUUUCAAUGUGCCAACGGCACGUCCAGAGACGGUGCAUACUGCGUUUCAUUAUCCGCCAAAUGCGACUCCAAGAAUGACUGUUCCGAUGGCUCGGACGAAUUAAAUUGCGAAGAUUGCUCGGGUAACUUCCGCUGUGCCAGCGGACAGUGCCUGAAGAGGCACUUUGUAUGCAACAAGAUCGUGGACUGCGAUGAUGGCAGCGACGAGCGCGAUUGCGAAAAUUGGAAAUGCCAAUCUGAUGAAUUCAGAUGUCCAAGCGGGAGAUGCAUUCCGGCAUCAUGGCAAUGUAACGGUCGACCUGAUUGCGAAGAAUAUCGAGAUGAAUACAAUUGCAGCGAAAGCUGCAAAGAUAAUCAGUAUUUAUGUCCAACGGAGAAGUGGUGCAUCCCACAAACGUGGCGUUGCAACGGAAUUGCCGAAUGCAUAAACGAAGAAGACGAAAAGCUGUGCGAUUGCGGUCUAGAUCAAUUCGAAUGUCAAACCGGUGGAUGCAUUUCCUCGAUCCAAAGAUGCGAUGGCGUUAAAAAUUGUCCGGAUUAUUCAGACGAAUGGGGUUGUCUAAUUACCAAUAUCACUGCGGAAACGAAUAUUAAUACCGAAAAUAAUAUGGCGAGCGAACCGAGUGAUCGCAUGUCACUGUUGAAGAUAAGACAAUAUGACAACGAUUAUCGACUAGUCUGUUCGGAUGGAUGGAGCGAAGAAUUUAGCGAUUCCUAUUGUCGGACUUUGGGCUUCGCCGGAGCCGAGACAACUAAGAAUGUUCGACUGUCUGCGGAAAAAGAUCGGAGCGAGAAAAUUCUAAGACUGAAAACGAAUCCAAAUCACCGUCUGCCGCUAGUCACGAAUCUAGAGCAAGUAGAAUUUUGCGUGUCGGAUAAAGUUGUGCAAGUGUCGUGCCAAGAAUUUUCGUGCGGUCUGCACGAUGCUGAAGGAUCGUCCGCGAGAUUAUCUGGUGGGACGCCAGCCAACGAUGGACAAUGGCCCAGCGUGGCUCUAUUGAAGGAGCUAAAACACGGGACCGCUUGUACAGCCAGCAUACUCGGUCCCAUGCACGCUCUGGCCAGUUAUUCUUGUAUUUACAGAUACAAGGAUAACAAUAGAUGGCAAUUUUUCGCCGGUGGAGAUAUGCUAAAGGGACAAUUUGUUAAAAAUAUCGUGCCCUAUCCUCAAGUAAAAUAUAAUCAGUUCCUGUACAAUAAUGAUAUCGCCCUGAUCGAAUUAGAGGAACCGUUAGUGUUUUCCCGAAACAUUAGCGCCGUAUGUCUUCCCAGACAGCCUAUCCAGAGACAGAUUUGCGUAACAGCAGGAUGGGGAUUUUCUAUGAACGGGGAAAUAGAUUUACAACAAUAUCUCAAAUUCUUGUCUCUUCCAACGUAUGAUUUCGAUAAAUGUAAUGCCACGAGCCAUUAUCCAGGAUUUAUCACGGAACACAAUAUAUGCGCAGGAUUGACCGAUACGGAUAAAGGCCCUUGUUAUAAUGACGAAGGAGCGCCACUAAUGUGUGCCAGUGAAUCACAGGGUAUACCGGAAAGAUGGGAAAUACAGGGCUUACUAAGUUAUCAUAGCAGAUGUUCAAGAGAUCAUCCAGCAAUUUUCUCGAGCUUAGAGCCAGCGCUCUCGUGGUUACGCGAAUCAGUGCCAGCUUUGCAAACGCAAAGCUAAAUGAUUAUUAUAUCGCUUUUUCGAGAUAUAUGAGAAGCUGUUAUUCAUGAUAUUGUACACUAAAAGAGAACGGCAAUUUUAAUAAGCAAAAAAAAAAUCGUCGUUACAAAGAUUGUACAGAAGAAAAAUUUGGGUUAAACUUUCUUUUUAUGCUCAAAAAUCAUACAUUUAAUUAAAUUCACGUUCUUCUUUUUUUCUAAUUUUUAUGUUCCUACUUUUUUUAAUAGUUCUCAAAUUUUUUCUGCCCCCCAUAAAAAUUUAACGAUAGAAUAAAUAUAAACACUUAAAUUCUGUACGACAAAAAUUAUAACAAAACAUAUGUAAAGAAAAUGAAGGAUAACAAAAUUAUAAACUGAUUUAUAAUUAAGGAAAUAUUAUGUAAAUAUUGUAUAAAGUAAUUGUUUAUUAUGGAUAAUGUGGUAUAAGAGUUUAUUAGUAAAAUGGGUCUCUUAAAUUUACAUUUUUUGUAAGUAAAAUUCCUAUCUAUUACUAUAUAUACAUGAAAUUAAUUAUUACCUAAUCAAGCUAAAAAUUUAAAAUUUUUUGUGAUGUCUCGAAUAUUUCCAAAAUGUACUUUUGUAUAUUGAUUUAAAAUAAUUAUUUAACACAAGAGACACCGAUACAUAUACGAUACAUGGCCGAUUAUAUACGAAUCAAUAGUUUGUCUCAGAGAUCCUAAAUAAGGAUUUCUGAAAUGAACAACAGAUAGAAUUAAGCAGUAGAUAGGAUAACUGUAUAUAUAAUAUAUAACUAUUUUAAUAAAAUACAUUGUUAUAGAAAUUACAGUAUGUUCAUAUAUGCAUAGUCAUUGCAAAAUGCGUAUUUUUAUAUUUCAAGUAAAAAUGAUAAAUAAAACAUAUUUUAAACA